AAAUAGACAAAAGACAAGACAAUCAAAUCAUGGUUUCAUGACCCUCACGUUCGUUGGGUAUAACUUAGCCUUUGUUCUUGAUUCCUUCACCCAACACAUUGCAAAGUUGCCACAUGUCAUCUUAGAGCCCAACGCCACCGAACGCAACCAAAAAAAGAAAGAAAGUUCCACCUGGCCGUGAUUUGCUUCAACGACGGCGAUCGCGGCGUUUCUCCGAUCACCACCGUAAACAACCGGAUACUCCGAUCCCAACCACAUGCUUCGCGAAUCGAUUCUGAUCUUCAUCUUCCUAUCCUUGUUGUUCAUCGGGUAUGCAGAUCCUUCGAAAAAUUGCACCAGAACCAGCCCCUUCGUCGAUUCGGAAUCCGAAUUCGAAAUGGUUCAGCACCAACUCAGAGGCCGUCUCAAAAUCCUCGACGAUUGCUCGUUUAGGGUUUCCCAAUUCGACAUGCUCUCUGGCUCCGACGUUCGUUUUUGGGGCGCACUGGCAAUCGAUUUCGAAAAUCUCACCACCGGAUUCAUCGUCUCCGAUCACAACCUCAACCAGACCUACGCCAAUUCCACCUUCGUUGUACGUUUGAUGCCCAACGUCACGUGGGAUAUGAUCCGCGUCCUCGCCGUGUGGGACCUGCCCACCGCAUCCGAUUUCGGCCACAUCGUAAUCGGAAACAUCACCGGCGUGAAUGCAAGUUCUCCGGCGCCGGCGCCGGCGCCUUUGAGCGGCGAGGGGAUGCAGAAGGAGCUGGGUGGUGUCCACACGGAGCCGACUAUGUUUGACAAUUGCAAGGUGCUGAUGAAGGAUUUCAGGGUUCGGUGGAGCUUGAAUGCGAAAGAGGAUUCAAUCGAGAUUGGGUUGGAGAGCGCAACUGGACUCAUGAACUACAUGGCUUUUGGGUGGGCGAACCCUAAUGCUACUGAUUCAGAGUUCAUGGUUGGUGCAGAUGUGGCUGUUUCAGGGUUUAAGGAGGAUGGUUUGCCAUUUGUGGAUGAUUUCUUCAUCACCAAGUAUAGUGAGUGUGUGAUAAACAGUGAGGAUGGAUCUGCAGUUGGGGUUUGUCCUGAUUCAAUUUAUGAAGGACCUGAUAGGGUUGGUUUGGUGAAUGAUACUAAGUUGAUUUAUGGGCAGAGAAGAGAUGGGGUUUCAUUGAUUAGAUACAGGAGGCCAUUGAGCCAGGUUGAUGGCAAGUAUGAUCACCCUGUGGAUCAUUUGGCUAACAUGACUGUUAUUUGGGCUUUGGGUAAGCUUAGAACUCCUGAUACUGUUCAACCUUACUAUCUUCCUCAGAAUCAUGGGGGUCUUCGCUUUGAGACUUAUGGUAAUUUGGUUCUGAAUGUUUCUCAGCAUGUGGAUGACUGUAAAGGUCCCCUUGAUGCUCAAGAUAAAGAGGAUCAACAUGUCAUCAUUGCUGAUGCUAAAGUUCCCUUGGUUGUUUCUACUGGUCCAGCUUUGCAUUACCCUAACCCUCCGAAUCCGGCCAAGGUUCUCUACAUCAACAAGAAGGAGGCUCCUGUAUUGAGAGUGGAAAGAGGGGUGCCGGUCAUGUUUUCCAUACAAGCAGGCCAUGAUGUUGCACUUUAUGUUACUUCUGAUCCGAUCGGAGGAAAUGCUACACUGAGGAAUCUGACUGAGACUAUCUAUGCUGGAGGUUCUGAGGCUCAUGGAGUCCAAGCCAGUCCUACGGAGUUACUUUGGGCUCCGGAUAGGAACACUCCUGAUCACAUCUAUUAUCAUUCCUUAUAUGAGAAGAAAAUGGGUUGGAAGGUGGAGGUUGUGGAUGGGGGUCUAUCUGACAUGUAUAAUAACAGUGUUGUGCUGGAUGAUCAACAGGUUACCUUCUUUUGGACUUUGGCAAAGGAUUCCAUAACUAUUGCUGCUCGUGGUGAGAAAAAGAGUGGUUAUCUUGCCAUAGCAUUUGGUAGUGGAAUGAUAUACAGUUAUGCUUAUGUAGGGUGGGUCGAUGAUAGUGGUGUGGGUCGUGUGAACUCAUACUGGAUUGAUGGAAGGGAUGCCUCAAGCAUACAUCCUACACAUGAGAAUUUGACUUAUGUGAGAUGCAAAACAGAAAAUGGUAUUAUUACCAUGGAAUUUACACGUCCCUUGCAUCCAUCUUGUGGUCGGGAGAAGAGGCCAGAGUGUAACAAUAUUAUUGAUCCCUUAUCUCCACUUAAAGUUGUUUGGGCGAUGGGUGAUAGAUGGAGUAAUGACCAUCUUAGUGAAAGGAAUAUGCAUUCUUUUAUGAGUAGUAGGCCUAUACGUGUGCAGCUAAUGCGCGGUUCGGCAGAAGCAGAGCAGGAUUUACUUCCUGUUUUGGCUGUGCAUGGUUUUAUGAUGUUCCUUGCAUGGGGUAUCUUGCUUCCUGGAGGUAUAUUGGCAGCUAGGUACCUAAAACAUCUUAAGGGUGAUGGAUGGUACAAAAUUCAUGUUUACUUGCAAUACUCAGCGUUAGCAAUCAUUUUUCUUGCCCUUCUUUUUGCUGUUGCUGAGCUUCGGGGAUUUCAUGUUAGCUCAGCUCAUGUUAAAUUUGGAAUUACUGCAAUAUUUUUGGCUUGCCUACAGCCGGUGAAUGCUUUCCUUAGGCCUCCAAAACAAACAAAUGGGGAGCAGGCACCCUUUAAAAGGGUUCUUUGGGAAUAUUUCCAUGUAGUUGUUGGGAGAUCUGCUGUUGUUGUAGGCAUUGCAGCUCUUUUUAGUGGCAUGAAACAUUUAGGGCAGAGAUAUGAUUUGGAAAAUGCCAAUGGACUCAAUUGGGCAAUGGUGAUUUGGUUCUCAGUUGGUGCAUUGACUGUUGUUUAUUUGGAAUACCAGGAAAGGCAGCGAAUAAGGGACCGGGGAUUUGGAAGAAGCAAUUGGGUACUUGGUAAUGUUGAGGAUGAUGAUUCCCUUGAUCUCUUGAGCCCAACCAGGAUACCUGUGAAUAAAGAGUCCCGAGCCUCUGCAAGAAUGGAAGUCCAGUUAGAACCUUUAAACAGAUAGGUGCAUGUCUAAUAGGAAGUCUCCAUUAUGCAACAGGUGAUUGGAAAUUUGUGUUUUAAUCAGAGCUGUCAGGCUUCUUCAUUUGUUAUGAGGCAUUUUUGAUGUGUGAAGACGGGAGCACUUGUUCGUCAACCUCCCUGUACUCUGCUGCCAUUUUGUGAAGAGUAGCGCUCCUAACCAAGAGUAUAGGUUAUUUCAUUUCUCCACUCCAGCUGCAAUACUUUUUACUUGUUCUUCUUUACCACCCCCUCAAAAUAGAAGAAAUGAAACUUUACAAAGGGAUAGAUUUCUUGUUGAUUAAUGUAGGUUAUGUUCGAUAGUACUGUAGGUUUACUUCAGACGUGGGUGGCUAUCCAGCCACAUUGUUGUAAAUUAUGAGAUGCAGAAAACUAAUACAAAGGUCACACUGAUUUUAAGUUUCAAA